CAUUCAUUCAUCCAGCUGCAGUUGUAAUUAUACAUGACUGAAGUUCUAUUAAAUGUUCUCAUAAAUGCUCAAACUUUAGACAAGGGUCUGCUAGACAUGGAGGGUGCCCUGACAGCUAGGGAUCGUGUGGGAAUCCAGGACUUUGUCCUCCUGGAUGAAACCACAGAGGUGGCCUUCAUCAGCAACCUAAAAAAACGUUUCAGCAAAGAUCUCAUCUAUACUUACAUUGGCACACUGUUAGUGUCUGUCAAUCCAUAUAAGGAGCUGGAUAUCUACAAUAAGAAACAGAUGGAUGUUUACAUGGGUGUCAACUUUUUCGAGCUUCCACCACAUAUAUAUGCCUUAGCAGAUAAUGCCUAUCACACCAUGCUGACGGAGUUCAGCAAUCACUUCAUUCUCAUCUCUGGUGAGAGCGGAGCAGGAAAAACUGAGGCCUCUAAGAAGAUACUGCAGUAUUACGCGGUCAGCUGUCCCAGCACCAAUUUACUAAACACUGUCAGAGACAAAAUGCUCAUGUCCAACCCUGUCCUGGAGGCUUUUGGGAAUGCCAAAACACUAAAAAAUGACAACUCAAGUCGAUUUGGGAAGUAUAUGGACAUUCAGUUUAACCGCCAGGGGGAUGCUGUUGGAGGCCACAUACUGAACUACCUACUGGAGAAGUCAAGGGUUGUGCAUCAGAAUCAUGGGGAGAGAAAUUUCCACAUCUUCUAUCAGCUGGUGGAGGGAGGAUCAGAUGACCUGCUGCAGCAGCUUGGCCUGGAGAGAAAUUGCCAGCAAUACAAUUAUCUAACACAAGGGGAGUGUGCCAUUGUAGCAUCCAUCAAUGACAAAAAUGACUGGAAAUCAGUCAAAAAUGCACUGCAAGUCAUCGACUUUGAUGAAGUUAAUACCAAUCACUUGUUUGAGGUGGUUGCCAGUGUCCUCCACUUGGGGAAUGUUCAGUUUGACACUGACAAUAAGGGCCAUGUCCUUUUGAACAACAACACGGAACUGAACUGGGUUUCAAAUCUGCUGGGUGUAGAUGCCCACAGUCUUCAGGAGGGAUUUACAUUCAGGAAGAUUGAAGCCAAAACGGAUCAGGUCUUAAGUCCAUUCACAAUUGAUCAUGCCAUCUAUGCCAGAGAUGCCCUGGCAAAAGCCAUAUAUGGACAGACCUUUACUUGGCUGGUAAACAGGAUUAAUGAGUCCAUGGAGAACAAGGAUGCCUCACAGAAGACUGUUAUAGGGCUUUUGGACAUAUAUGGAUUUGAGGUUUUCUACGUAAACAGUUUCGAGCAAUUCUGUAUAAACUACUGCAAUGAGAAACUUCAGCAGCUUUUUAUCCAGCUGACACUCAAAAAUGAGCAGGAUGAAUAUGAAGCAGAAGGAAUUGAGUGGGAACCGGUUCAGUUCUUCAACAACAAGAUUAUAUGUGACCUGGUUGAGGAGAAACACACAGGAAUCAUAUCAAUACUGGAUGAAGAGUGUCUCAGACCAGGUGACACCACUGAUCUCACCUUCCUGGAAAGAUUAGAAGAAAAGAUGGGAAAUCAUCCCCACUUCGUGACGCACAAACUGGCUGACAAAAUGACACGUAAGACUCUGGAGAGGGGAGAUUUCCGUCUUUUGCAUUAUGCCGGGGAGGUCACAUACUGCGUUGUGGGUUUCCUGGACAAAAAUAACGACCUGCUAUACAGAAAUAUAAAAGAUCUGAUGUGUCAGUCUAAAAAUGCCAUAGUCAGAGAGUGCUUCUCCAUCAUGGAUCUAGACAACAGGAGAAGACCAGAAACUGUGGCAACUCAGUUUAAGAGCAGCCUGGUGAAGCUGACAGACAUGCUCACAGCAAAAGAGGCCUGGUACAUACGCUGUCUGAAAUCUAACGAGUCCAAGAAAUCAGGUCAGUUUGAUGAAGCACUGAUCAGACACCAGGUGAAGUAUCUGGGCUUGAUGGAGCAUCUCAGAGUCAGACGAGCUGGUUUUGCUUACCGACGCAAAUAUGAGGUUUUCUUAAAGAGAUACAAACCUCUGUGCCCAGCCACCUGGCCACAUUGGACAGGACCGCCUGCUGAUGGAGUGGAAGUGCUGGCUCAACAUCUGGGCUACUUGCCAGAUGAGUACAAAAUGGGACGAACUAAAAUAUUCAUUCGUCACCCAAGGACACUUUAUGCCACAGAGGAUGCUUAUGAGAAAUGUAAACAUGACCUGGCAACAAAACUUCAGGCCAAAUACAAAGGAUACAAGGCAAAGGAAGAAUUCCAAAAGCAGAAGGAAGCUGCCACUAAGAUUGAAACGUGUUGGAGAGGAGUGCAGGCUAGAAAGGAGAGAGAGAAGAGAGCCUGGGCUGUAAAAGUCAUUAAGAAAUUUAUCAAGGGUUACUUGACCAGAGGGCAAGCAAAAACCACAGACAACUCUGAGUACCUGCAAUUUGUGAGACAAAGUUACUUGAAUAGACUAAAAGACAACCUGCCUAAGACUGUUUUGGAUAAGACCAGCUGGUUAACACCACCACCUGUGCUGACAGAGACAUCAGAAAUGUUGCGUAAACUUCAUUAUCGUUUAAUGGUGCGGAAGUAUGUAAGAGGAAUCACACCCCAGAGGAAAGCACAACUUCAACUGAAGAUUAUCACCAGCUCCAUCUUCAAAGGCAAGAAGGACAAUUAUCCACAAAGUGUCCCUCAGCCUUUUGUGGACACAAGAAUCAGUGACCAAGACAUAAACAUGAGGGUUCUCCAAAUGAUCCGCAAUGAGCAGAUUAAGUACAGCGUUCCAGUAAUAAAGUAUGACAGAAAUGGCUUUAAGCCAAGGCCAAGGCAGCUCAUCCUCACUCAGACUGCUGCUUAUCUGGUGGAGGAGGCCAAGAUCAAACAGAGAGUGCUAUAUGCCUCUCUUAAAGGUAUUUCAGUCAGUAACUUGACUGAUGGCAUCAUUGUAUUCCAUAUAACAUGUGAGGACCCAAAACAAAAGGGGGAUUUGGCAAUGCAGUGCGACCACUUGUUUGAGUUCUUGACCAAGCUCAGUGCCAUUGCCAAAAAGGAAAAUGUGAUCAAAGUGGUUCAGAGCAGUAUAAAGAUUCAAAUCCAGGCAGGGAAAGAGAGUGCAGUGGACUUCAGCACUGGGCAGGAGCCCAUGGUUUACAAAGCCAAGAAUGGACACCUCAUGGUGGUUGCCACACGGACACGGCCACGGUAAUGUGUGAGGCUGAGGAGACACACAAGAAGCCCCUGCAUAUUUCAUUACGAGACCCCUAAGAAGAG